CGUCAUGUGUGUGUCUGUGUGUACGCACUGUACCUCGUCAUGUGCGCAGGUGUGUACGCACUGUACCUCGUCAUGUGCGCAGGUGUGUGCGCACUGUACCUCGUCAUGUGGGCAGGUGUGUGCGCACUGUACCUCGUCAUGUGGGCAGGUGCCGUGGGUAUGACGCUGGGCUGUGUGUACCGCGUGAGCUGCGUCAUGUUUGUGGUGCCCUACUGGUUCCUGUUCGCCCUGGACAAGAGCAGCUGGAACAACCACUCCUACCUCUAUGGCCUCAUCGCCACGCAGCUCACCGUGUGUGACGCACACCGAUUCUGGUCCGUGGAUGCCAUGAUGAGACGCGGCUUGGCCAACACGCACGUCCCCCUGUGGAACUACUGGCUGCUGCGAUUCCAGAUCUUUGUGGUCUACUUCAUCGCUGGCCUCAAGAAGAUGGACUCCGAUUGGCUCAUGGGAUACUCGAUGGGGAAUCUCUCACGCCACUGGCUAUUCUCUCCUUUCAAGGUGGUGCUGUCCGAGGAGUGGACGAGUCUUCUGGUGAUCCACGGCUGCGGCUUUCUCCUCGACCUCAGCGCAGGCUUCCUGCUGCUGCUGGACGCUACGCGGCCGCUCGCACUGACGGCACUCACCUACUUCCACGCCAUGAACUCGCAGCUGUUCAACAUCGGGAUGUUCCCCUAUGCGAUGAUCGCCACCUCCGCCCUCUUCUGCUCCCACGACUGGCCCCGGAAGCUCCUUGCACGCCUCCCAGAAUGCACCGUUCCCUGGUGCCGCCCCUUCCUGCUGCCCCCUGGCUGGAGCCCAAGCUGCUUGUACCCGGCCCCGCGGCAUUCUGGGAGGGACCUGCCGCCCGCUCCCUCCUCCACCUCCUCCUCUUCCGCCGCGAAGGAUUGUGGGGGAGGGAGCGAAGGUGGCGGCACUUCCUGUUCCGCCGCAAAAGAUUGUGGGGGAGGGAGGAAAGGCGAUGGGCCGCCCACGGUGGCGGGAUGGAGGCACAGGGUGGCGGCCGCCUUGAUUCUGGUGUUUGCCUGCGAGCAGCUGCUGCUGCCGUACUCACACUUCAUCACGAAGGGCUAUAACAACUGGACCAAUGGGCUGUAUGGAUACUCGUGGGACAUGAUGGUUCACAGUCGCUCCCACCAGCACGUGAAGGUUACCUACAGGGAUCGUGUCACGGGAAACACGGGAUUCCUCAACCCCGGGGUGUGGACUCAGACGCGGCGAUGGAAGGAUCAUGCUGACAUGCUGAAGCAGUACUCGGUGUGUCUGGCCGAGCGUCUUCGCGAGUUCAACAUCAGCGACCCCGAGAUCUACUUUGACGUCUGGGUCUCACUCAACGAUCGAUUCCAGCAGAGGCUCUACGACCCACGUGUCGACAUUCUGCGAGCCGAUUGGUCGCCCUUCCGUCCAACCCCAUGGCUGCUGCCGCUGCUGGUGGAGCUAUCACCAUGGCGACGGCGUCUCGCCGAGAUCGAGGGUCGCCUUGGCAACGGAACCGAAGUCGUCUUCAUAGCGGACUUCCCUGGGCUGCACCUCGAGAAUUUCGUCGGAGCGGACCUGGAGGCGGCCCGCAUCACGGUGCUGAGCGGCGCCGUCACCGUGGAGACCGUCGCCACGGCGACCAACGUCACCCUGGGCGAGGGGGAGAGCACUGAGGUACCUAGCGGGGCGUUCCACAGAGUCUACACAGUCUCAGAGGGUCCCAGCUGCUACUUGUACGAGUACGAGAACCGCACCGAGGCUGAGAUGGUCCGACACACUCGCAGACUGCUGGAGGCCUGGCAAGCACGUGAAUCCGACGUCCCAGCCGGCCCCCCGCUGGACUCAGCGUGGCUCUCCGCGGAGAUCGCGACCAUCCUGAACGACGCCCCCGCCACCGCCGCCGCCACGGACGGCGUCCAGCAGCAUCAGCAGCAUGGAGCGGGGGCAGAGGGGGCGGUUGGAGGAGCGGGGGGAGGAGCGGGGGGAGGAGAGGGGGGAGCAGAGGAGGGGGGGGGAGCUCCGGAUUGGAGGGUCGAGGCGCUCCUGCGGAGGUUCGCGGCCGAGGAGAGUCGCUCGAGGCGGCGGGGAGAGCCGCUCCGGCAGCGGGCCGCGAGAUUCCUCCACAAGAAGUUCUUCGUCUUUCGCAAGAGCCUGCUCAAGACGGCAUUUGCCGUGAGGAACCUCCUCCUCGGCCGCCCCUCGGCCGCUCAGCUCCAGUGGGAGGACGACCUCGCGGGCGCGGGCGGAGCGCAGCGCCCCUCACGCAGCGAACUAUGAGGGUAGCACACGCGUGUCCUAGUAGCUAGAGUAACACGCGUGUCCUGGUAGCUAGAGUAACGCGCGUGUCCUGGUAGCUAGAGUAACACGCGUGUCCUAGUAGCUAGAGUAACACGCGUGUCCUAGUAGCUAGAGUAGCUUGAGUAACACGUGCGUGUCCUGGUAGCUAGAGUAACACGUGCGUGUCCUGGUAGCUAGAGUAGCACAUGUUACUCUAGCUACUAGGGUGUGCAUGUGUUACUCUAGCUACCAGGACACACAUGUAACACAUGUGUUACCCUAGCUACUAGGGUGUGCAUGUGUAGUGGGUCCAAGGAGAGUGGAGGCGGCUUGUAGAGGCAACAGUAACGAUCCCUAUAACACAAAGGGGGUAGCGGCCCCUACACCCAAUACCCUGGGGAGGUUUAUCCUCCGGGCUAGCGUGCCCCAAUCACUGGGGCUACGUUCUCUCAGCCCUCCGGCUAGGGGGACCUAGGGGAGCCCGACCCGACCCAGCCAAGGUCCUCGGGUCCCGGGGGUUCCCAGGGUCCUAGCCUAAGCGGUUCUGCAGUCUUCGGCUUGACGACGACUGCCGGAACCCGUCCCGAGGGUCCGGCUUUUAUACCCGUUCUAGGGUGCCUCUCCGCCCCGAGCCACGCCUCCCUUCCGGAACUUUCCAGGGGGCUCUGGGACAUCCCCCCCCCAGCCCCUCUCGUGGGGUCUGGGGAGCCCUAUUUGCCCAUCUUACCCAUUCAGUAUACCACCCCCUAUUGACACAUGUCUGCUACUACAGGUAAGGAUGAAUGGGAAAUGUACGCAGUGCCCAACCAUGCCCCUACAUCACCCCCCCCACUCUUCCCCCCUUGCAGCAUUCAGCCGUCCCGGCUGCCAACGUACCCCCAAGAGACGUCAGCAAAGUGUGUAACCACGUGUGCCUCAAUAAAACAAAAAAUGGCAACGGCAA